AUGAAGGCCACACUCAACGAAGCAACAAUGGGCAUUGACAACAUGAAAAAGAUCACCACAUUCUCCGUCAGCUACCGCAAACAACAAGCUAUAGAAGACUGCAAGGAGCUCUUGCAUUUCUCGGUUUCUGAGCUCGCAUGGUCCUUGGGAGAGAUGAGGAGGAUUCGCGCAGGAGAUACCAACCUGCAAUCCGAGGGAAACCUGGAAGCGUGGCUUAGUGUUGCACUAAGCAACCAAGACACGCGCCUUGAAGGCUUUAAAGGCAUAAACAUACGCCUCAAGAGCUACAUCAGUGGAAGCUUGACACAAGUCACACAACUCAUCAACAAUGUUUUGUCCCUAGCCAAGCCACAUGGUGUUCGUGCGGAUACAGUUGUUGCUUUGGAUGGGAGUGGUCACUGUCGCUCCAUCGCCGAAGCUGUUAAUGUAGCUCCCAGUCAGAGUGAAAGAAGGUAUAUUACUUAUGUGAAAAAGGGACUUUACAAUGAGAAUAUUGACAUAAAGAAGAAGAUGACCAACAUCAUGCUCGUCGGAGAUGGUAUAGGCCAAACCAUUAUCACCAACAAUCGGAAUUUCAUCCAGGGAUGGACCACUUUUCGAGUCCACGUUUGA